GGAAGACUAACCAUUCAGAGUUCUGCUCCAUAGUAGACGUUAUGAUUAGCGGUAUCCUAAUUAUUUAGUGGUUAUUUAUCAAUCGGCGCCCUCUAAAACAAUAGUGCAGUUUACAUGCUGGUGUAUUUUAUUUUUACGCCCCCAACCCCGUAUUCGGCUGCAUURUUAUCGUCGUUAAGAGUCAUUUAAUCUUUUUAUGUGGAGCUGAAAUGAGGAAGUGUGUGGAAAUCCAUUGAGAUUAGCAGGUUUGUGCUCCACUCAACACUUCAGGUUGCUGAAAUUCCACGGGAGGAAUCGGAAGGCGGAACCGUGGCGAGCUCAGGGUGGAGCGAGUGUCUUUUAGCAACAGCAGGGCGGAUAAGGAAGUUCUUCUGGCGAGUGGAGAACAACGCAUACUUCAGUCUGGAAAAGCGUUUAUCCAGUUUCAACAUGCCUGCUCAGAAAGUCUGCAUCGUUGGAUCUGGAAACUGGGGAUCCUCCAUCGCCAAGAUCAUCGGCCACAAUGUGAAGGCGUCCAACCGCUUCAACCCCAUGGUGAACAUGUGGGUCUAUGAGGAGAUGAUCGAUGGCAGGAAGCUCACCGAGAUCAUCAACACCGAGCAUGAAAACGUCAAAUACCUGCCGGGACACAAGCUGCCCAAGAAUGUGGUGGCUGUUCCUAACAUCACCGAAGCCAUGAAGGGAGCCAGUAUCCUGGUCUUCGUCAUCCCCCAUCAGUUCAUCAGUAAACUCUGCAACGAGAUGAAGCCUCACGUGACGGAGGGAACCAUCGGGAUUUCCCUCAUCAAGGGAGUCGAUGAGGGUCCAGACGGCCUGAAGCUCAUCUCCGACAUCAUCAGGGAGAAGCUGCAGAUUGAUGUCAGCGUGCUGAUGGGGGCCAAUAUCGCCAACGAGGUGGCCGACGAAAAGUUCUGCGAAACCACCAUUGGGGCGAAGAACGAGGCGCAGGGCCAGCUGCUCAAGGAGCUGCUGCAAACGCCCAACUUCCGCAUCACCGUGGUUCCUGAGAGCGACACGGUGGAGCUGUGCGGCGCCUUAAAGAACAUCGUGGCGGUGGGUGCUGGCUUCUGCGACGGCCUCGGGUUCGGUGACAACACCAAGGCGGCGGUGAUCCGGCUGGGCCUGAUGGAGAUGGUGGCGUUYGCCAAGAUGUUCUGCAAGGGCARCGUGAGCUCUGGCACUUUCCUGGAGAGCUGCGGCGUGGCUGACCUCAUCACCACCUGCUACGGCGGGCGGAACCGCCGUGUUGCCGAGGCCUUCGUCAAAACCUCCAAAUCCAUUGCUGAGCUGGAGGCCGAGAUGCUGAACGGCCAGAAGCUGCAAGGUCCACAGACCUCAGCCGAGGUCUACAAGAUCCUCCAAAAGCAAGGCAUAGUGAAGAAGUAAGUUCCCCACCACAUAUACAGCAGCUCUAGUACCAUUUUU